UGAGAGCAUCCCUAAAAAAUUGCCUCUGUCAUACAACCAGGAAGAAGGUGGGAUAGCCCCUACAAAGCUAACAUCCCCUAUCUUUCUGCUCACUUUGGCCGAAAAUAAUGGGAUCUUCCCGGUGGAAGAUAGCAGUGGCGGUGCUUGUCGCUUUAGUGGGCUCUUCGUUACCUGUCGGCGCAGAUGAACACGAACACACGUACACAGAUAAAGAGGAGGUGGUUUUAUGGAUGAAUACAGUGGGGCCUUACCACAACCGACAAGAGACAUACAAGUAUUUCUCUUUGCCCUUCUGCGUGGGCACGAAGAAGACCAUCAGUCAUUACCAUGAAACACUUGGAGAGGCCCUGCAGGGAGUGGAGCUCGAAUUCAGCGGGCUAGACAUAAAAUUCAAAGAGGAAGUUAUGCAGACAACAUACUGUGAAAUUGACCUGGACAAAGCCAAACGGGAUGCCUUUGUCUAUGCUAUAAAGAAUCACUACUGGUACCAAAUGUACAUCGACGAUCUGCCCAUCUGGGGUAUUGUUGGCGAGGCAGAUGAAAAUGGAGAGGAUCAUUACCUGUGGACCUACAAGAAACUGGAGAUCGGUUUCAACGGCAACAGAAUUGUUGAUGUAAAUCUGACCAGCGAAGGCAAAGUCAAGCUUGUGCCAAACACGAGAAUUGCAAUGUCUUACUCUGUAAAGUGGAAGAAAUCAGACGUGAAGUUUGAAGACAGAUUUGACAAGUACCUUGAUCCGUCGUUCUUCCAGCACAGGAUUCACUGGUUCUCCAUCUUCAACUCCUUCAUGAUGGUCAUCUUCCUGGUGGGUCUGGUGUCCAUGAUUUUGAUGAGAACGCUAAGGAAGGAUUAUGCCAGAUACAGCAAAGAGGAGGAGAUGGAUGACAUGGACAGAGACCUGGGAGAUGAGUACGGCUGGAAACAGGUACAUGGAGACGUGUUUCGGCCGUCCAGCCAUCCCAUGAUCUUCUCCUCACUCAUUGGCUCCGGCUGCCAGAUCUUCUCCGUCUCCCUAAUCGUCAUCAUCGUCGCCAUGAUUGAGGAUCUGUACACAGAGAGAGGAUCCAUGCUGAGCACAGCCAUUUUUGUGUACGCUGCCACCUCCCCUGUCAACGGCUACUUCGGGGGAAGCUUGUACGCAAAACAAGGAGGCAGAAGAUGGAUUAAGCAGAUGUUCAUUGGGGCGUUCCUGAUCCCAGCCAUGGUGUGUGGGACGGCCUUCUUCAUCAACUUCAUCGCUAUCUACUACCACGCUUCCAGAGCAAUCCCAUUUGGCACCAUGGUCGCUGUUUGCUGUAUCUGCUUCUUUGUCAUUCUGCCGCUAAACCUCGUAGGAACAAUUUUAGGGAGAAACCUGUCCGGCCAGCCAAACUUUCCCUGCCGAGUUAACGCUGUGCCACGGCCAAUCCCUGAGAAGAAAUGGUUCAUGGAGCCGGCUGUCAUCGUCUGCCUUGGAGGAAUCCUCCCGUUCGGCUCCAUUUUCAUUGAAAUGUACUUCAUCUUCACAUCGUUUUGGGCCUACAAGAUCUACUACGUGUACGGCUUCAUGAUGCUGGUCCUGGUCAUCCUGUGCAUCGUGACUGUGUGUGUCACCAUCGUGUGCACAUACUUCUUGCUAAACGCCGAGGACUACAGAUGGCAGUGGACCAGCUUCCUCUCUGCUGCGUCAACCGCUGUUUAUGUUUACAUGUACUCCUUUUACUACUAUUUCUUCAAAACUAAGAUGUACGGACUCUUCCAGACAUCCUUCUACUUCGGCUACAUGGCUGUGUUCAGCACUGCCCUGGGAAUCAUGUGUGGUGCUGUUGGAUACAUGGGAACAAGUGCCUUUGUGAGGAAGAUCUACACAAAUGUGAAAAUUGACUAAGACCGAUGCAGCAACACAGGGAUGUACCUGAGCGUAUCCCUACCACAGGCGGCGGGCACAAGUCAUUCUUUAUUUUUUAUGUCUUCUCUUUCCUUUUCUUGCAAAGAGAUUGUGGAAUCUCACUUUGUACGAUGUAGUUUUUCAUUUUUUUUUCCUGAAUGAAUCUCCAACGCCGUAAAACAACAAAAAAGUGAACAAGAGCGAAAUCCGCGGGAAAAGAUAUCAACCCAUUGGUUCUGUUUUUAUCAGUUGCUUUCAGACAAAACAUUGGGGGCAAAAUGUUCACGGAUUGACAUGGCUUCUCUUCCCAACCCCCAGUUCCACCUGAGACCAGAGAACAUAGAUGUUUAUUGAUGGAAUAGUCUAGCUCUCUUCAGUGAAGAGGCCUAAAUGUAUUGAAAGCCUUUGUUCUAUUGUAUUAGAAUAUCGGAGAGUUGGGUUCGUGUCUGUGCUCUGACUUGAUUCUAUUUUGUAUUCCUGACUCACUCUGAAUAUCGUUAAUAUUGUAUUUUUGGUCUCCGUUUCCUUCAGCACAUGUGACAUCAUCACACGGCACAGUGAGCUGUUUGAAUUUACUUCCACUGCGAUUGAGGAUCACACACAAACUGUCGAGUUGCUCUCGAAGCAUUCCCCUAUUUGGACAAUUCUGAUACCCUGUUACAGUAGCAAUCCAUCCAGUCGAUGAGAGGUAUUUUAGUCCUGCUGUAGUUUACUGUACAGAUGAAAAAAUAAAAAGAGGGACUGAUCAGUGGUUGAGGUACAGUAUGGAAAACCGAUUGUUUUAAAUGGAUGUUUGUGACCCCCAUUUCCCCGUUUAGUCUUCUGUUCUCUUAAUGUUUGGGUUUGAAUGAAGUCUACUUGUAAAGAUAAUAUAUGGAUAGGGGAGAAAAGUGUAUAUAACCUUAAUAAUGUACCUUUAGAUGUAGAUCCCAAAUGUAUUUUCGUUGUACAGAUUUACUACAGGGUGUUUUUUUAAACGAAUCAUUCAGUUCUAAAAGAAGACUUUUUUUUUCCUGGGUUUGUUUUGUUUUUUUGGUGCUUGGGGCGGGGCUGGUGGCGCUGUUACAUCUUGCCUGAAAUUAUUGCAUGAAGUUUUCACCAAACCAUCUGCUCAUCGGAUACCAUGUUGGUCGGCACUGUCGGUUUUUUUGACGUUCCCUGGUUGUGACCGUCUCUCGAAUCAGUCUCAAAACGUAAAGGUAUAUUUUGAUGACCAGUAGAGAGGUGAUUGGAAAGACCUACUUGUGGACACUUCCUGUUAUUUUGAGUUCAUAUAUUAUUUAAAGCUUUAAAAAAAAAAGGCUCUCCAUCUUCUGGUAAGCCAUUUCCCUCACAUUCUUUUUGUUGCCUAACCUGAAACAUCAUUGUGAAUGUCGGAAGGAAAUGAGGCGUUUGCUUUGUUUCUGCAAACAUACUGUACAAAGUGAAAUUUAUGUACACUUAACUAGAUGUUUUCAUAACCACAUACAGUGCUGCAGAGUGUUUCAAAAUGCUUUUUUCCAUUUUGUGUAAAUACAGUAUGUACCUUACAUGUAUGAGAAGUGGCAAUGCCUUUUUUUUUUUCUAAUUUUCAAUUCUCCCCCACUGAAGUUGAUUUUUGGCACCUCAUGUUGUGUACCAAUAAUGUCUGAUGAGACAUUUUGAACCUGCAUAUUAACUUGCUGUAAAAAGAAACAAAAUAAACAUGUUUAUGUACAGG